AUGGCGACGUUCAACGUUCGCACUCUAAGACAAACAGGUCAACUGGCUACACUCGCACGCACCUUAGACACACUGGGUAUUGAUGUUUGUUGCUUGUUCGAAACUAGGAUCAAUGAACCUAAUGGAGUUGUUGAAUUAACUACACCCAGCUUAUCCUCUCGUUAUUGGUUGUACGCAUCCGGAGACGCCGAUGCAACACUCAUGGGUCAAGCUAGUGUUGGUAUCAUUCUAAGCUCCAAGGCUGAACCACCGUUGGUUGAUUGGAUUCCAGUGAACAGCCGUUUCUGUGCAGUCCGUUUGACGACAUCAGCUAAGGUUGAUUCACGAAGUAGUACAAAACGCUGUUUGUUUAUGGUUUCCGCUUAUGCUCCCACCGCCUGCAGUUCAGAUGUUCUCAAGGACACUUUCUAUCACCAACUGAACGCGCUACUACGCAGAGAUACUAGUUCAGAUAUUAUAAUACGUGCAGGGGAUAUGAACGUACAAGUAGGGCGUCUGAGCUCUUCAGAAGCUCAGCUUGGUGGUAAUUAUGGGCUUAAUUCCGAACGGACUGACAUCGGUGAGCGUCUGCUGCAACUGUGUGCGGAGCACCAGUUGUUUGUUAGUAGCACUGCUUUUAGACACAGUGGGCGCCGAAGUGCCACUUGGCAUCCUCCUGUAGCUGGCCAGCGGUGGACCCAAAUUGACCACAUAGCCAUAAGUUACAGGUGGCGCGGUUCCAUUCUGGAUUGCCGCUCAUACUGGAGUACCUGUGUCGACUCUGAUCAUGCAUUGGUACGCUGUCGUUUCUCCAUGAACUUUACCGGGAGGCGCACCAAGCUUCACCUACGAUUGGCAACGGAGAAAUUGUCUCAGUCCUCGGUCAGGCAAGCCUAUUAA